CAAGCUAAUUCACUGGCAGAUCGAGAGGCUGGAGAAUUACCUUCAGUAAGAAACCGCGGGCGUCAGGUGCUCUCCGAAGCGACGCGGGCAGCUGAAUGUUAUUUGAGGACUUUUAUUCUUAACCACUGGACUAGAUGAAUACGGAAACGAGAAGCUAAAAAAAUAUGCGGACGCAAAAUAUCUGAAAAUCGCGACUGGACAUGUAAAUACAUUGAACGAUGGAAAGCUGAGAGCAAGUUGGAUCUGGACUUGUUCCAUGCGUCUUUUUGCGCGGUGGGCUCUUCCGUCCCAAGGAAGCGUUUUGAGAAUUCCAGGCGUCCGGUUUGUGGUGCAAAACCGGGUGGAUUUGUUUGAUCCACAAAGCACAAAUAACUUGGCCAAGUGGAGCUACAAAGACUCCUGUGCUGCGUAAUUUGGGUAAAAGGAAGAAGAAAAAAAUGCUGGCCCGGAUCAUUUUCAUUUGCUUCUUCUUUGCUGGUGCUAGUUUUCAUGAUAAUGAACCCAAGGCAUUGUACGAUGGAGCUUGCAAAUCUUUGUGCACCUGUGAAGAGAAAGAUGGACAAUUGUACAUGAACUGUGAACACAGAAACAUAAGCAGAAUCUCAGAUGUGAAAGUACCGUCAGAUAAACCUUUCCAUUUAAAUCUAUACAAAAAUGACUUAGUGGAAUUACUUGCAGAGGAAAUGCAUGCUUUCAAGAAUGCCGUCACCUUACAUCUUGGUGCAAACAGCAUACAGGAGCUUGAACCUGGAGUGUUCAGUGCACUGGGAUCCCUGAGAAAGCUCCACAUAAACAGCAAUUUCCUGGUCAUGCUCAAGGAGGACACAUUUCACGGCUUGGUAAAUUUGGAAUACCUUCAGGCUGACACCAACUUUAUCCGGGUUGUGGAGCCUGGGGCCUUCAGCAAGCUUGUCCGUCUUAAAGUUUUGAUCCUCAAUGACAACUCCAUCGAGUACCUUCCAAGCAACAUUUUCCGCUUUGUUCCUCUGACACAUUUGGAUCUGCGUGGGAACAAACUGCAGACUCUGCCAUAUGUGGGCUUCCUGGAGCAUAUUGGUCGUAUCAUGGAGCUGCUGUUGGAGGACAAUGACUGGGUCUGCAAUUGUGAAAUCUUGCAUUUGAAGGUCUGGAUUGAGAACAUGCGAGCACAGUCAUCCAUUGGCGAGGUGGAAUGCAGUAGACCUAAAGCUCUAAAGGGCACCUCUUUGACCAGGGUCAAAAAGGAUUUACUUUGCCCCUCCCAUGUUGACAUCAACCUCGAAGAGCCAUCAAAAUCUCUAGACUUGGUUGUCACCCCAUCCACCAAGGUUGUUCGGAUACCAAAUUUCAACGAUGGCUCAAAAAUACCCACACCUGCAAACGGCCUAGGUACAUUUUGCAUGCCAAUGUGCUCUUGUCCACCCCAAAGUAUGGGGUUUUUAAUGCAAUGUGAGGACCGAGACAUUCAGAAGUUAUCUGAUAUAGGCAUUCUUGAACAAAGCCCAAACAUGCUGAUUUUGACUGGGAAUAUGAUACAGCGACUAUAUAAAUAUGAUUUUGUGACGUACGACAAAUUGGAAUUGCUCAAUUUAUCAAACAACCACAUAGACUACAUUGACAAUGAAACCUUUCUGAGUUUGAGCAAUUUGAAAAAGUUGUACCUGAAUGGAAAUAGGAUAGAGAAAAUCUCGGUAACAAUGUUUCUUGGCCUUCACAACUUGGAAUACUUGUACUUGCAGUAUAAUGUCAUCAGAGUGAUUGAGGCUGGAUCGUUCAACCCUUUGACAAAUCUAAAGCUCCUCUUGCUAAACAACAAUCUACUCAACACUCUCCCAGCACAAAUAUUUCGUAAUGUGCCCUUGGUGACAUUGAACCUAAGGAAAAACGUCUUUAUGCACUUACCGGUGAGUAAUGUGUUGGACCAGCUCAAUUAUUUGGAGCAUAUUUAUCUUGAGGACAAUCCCUGGGACUGCACUUGUGAUUUGGUCAGCCUCAAACAGUGGGUAGAAAAGCUAAGUAAGGAGACUGUGGUGGGUACCAUCUUAUGCCACACGCCUCAAAAAUUGUCUACUGCUGAGGUUAGAAACCUGAAGCAUGAUGUUCUCUGUCCUGGCUUGGUCACGUAUAAGUCCCUAACUGGAGACAACAAGGACAGUAGUGCAGUCACGAUUGCGCCAGAGGGCAACACCACCAGCUUCUUCCAUUUUCUGACAGAUGCAGUGCCACUAUCGGUACUCAUCCUCUGCCUUCUCAUCCUCUUUCUGAUCUUAAUUUUCUGCACUGCAGGGAUCAUAGUGUUUGUGCUACACCGUCGACAGAGACAGGCCAAGAAGAAACAAACAGAGGAGCAACCUCGUGAGAGCAGUCCCAUCCACCUGCACUAUAGCAUGUAUGGGCAGAAGACCACCCACCAUGUAACUGAAAGUCAAGGGCCUGGCAUGUACGACGGACCUUCCCGUAGCCCAAUCCUCCAGGUCUGCAGGAACCCUAGUUACUGCUCUCAGCACAAACAAUAUGAGUUAGAUGAGUACAAUAGCGAGAAACCUAAGCAUAUCUGCCACAGCAUUCUUGAUAAGGAGAGCGAAUCCCUACUUACAGGACCCAAUGUGAAGUUUAGGGCUAUCACCGAUUACCCCACUGAGUUUGGGAGUUUGGGAGAUGCAAGCUCUUUGUACAAGAACAUCUUAGAAAGGGAACGAGAACUCCAACAGCUCAGCCUCACUGAAUAUCUCAGGAAAAACAUAUCACAGCUACAACCGGCGGUGGACAUGCAAGUCCCCAACCGCCACAAAGAGCUGAAACUAAUGGAGACUCUUGUUUAUAGGCCACGGAAGGUCAUGGUGGAACAAACUAAAAAUGAGUACUUUGAACUCAAAGCCAACUUACAUGCCGAACCAGACUAUUUAGAAGUCUUAGAGCACCAAACGACUUUCAACUGAGAUAAGUUCACUGUAUGCUGUGAUUUGACAAAUGAUACCCCAAGUGCCUUCUGACAGUUCAUUCUGAGUUCUGAUUUAGCCUGAGAGAUAUAAUGCAACAAUGUCAGAGUAGAGGCAAUUCUCUCAAUACAAUCAUUUGAUUGCAGACGAAUUUCAGGUGGACCUUUAGCGUUAACAUGCUAUUGGACAUUGCAGAUGAUGGAUUAUACAUUCUAACAAAAUUCCAGUCACACAGAAAGAUUUCCAAAGUGUUGUCUUCGGACAAGAUUGGCUUCGAAACCACAACAUUUUUUGUGCAUUGAGUUUAAUGCAUCCUCUGUAUGUUUGGUAGGGAAGAAUAGCAUAGGAGUCACUUCACAUUUAUAUCAGUGUAACUCUUAUUAUGUAUGUGAAAGAUCUUCAAGCACUGUUUAUUUGUAGCAAUGGAAGAAAACAUGUUUUCCUU